GUCGGUGACACAAGGAGGUGUAAGCAGUGAAAGGGGUCUGAGCAGUUCUGCAGACUCCAGCAGAGCUGCUGGACAGCAGCUGCUGCCUUCCCAAAUACCUCCCAGGAGCAGUGGGGCUGUUCCAAGCUCUGCUUGGUGUCUUCCUGUAGUGCUGUCUAGACUUUGAGCAUGUUUUGCUCUCCCCACUUAAAUUUUUUGUUUGUUGUUUUCUAGGAUCAGGCAUCUGUUCCUGUAUUUAUUUUUCAUUUCUUCCUAGUCUGUGGAGGACACCUCAUGGCAUUGGUCUUCCAUAUCUCAAGUCAAGAAGUUCCAUAUCAUUCUAAACAUGGAGAAAGAAGAAAAGAAAUAUGUCAAUAAAGCAGAGGAAGAUGAGAUGGAGAUCUAUGGCUAUGAUCUGUGUCGCUGGAAGUUGGUGCUAGUUGCUGUGGGAGUGAUCUGUUCUGGUGGCUUUCUUCUCCUCCUCCUCUACUGGAUGCCCCAGUGGCGUGUGAAAGCAACGUGCAAAAGGACGGCGCUGAAGGACUGUGCGGUGGUUCUGCUGAGGACGACUGAUGAAUUCAAGAUAUGGUUCUGUGCAAAGGUUCGCAUUAUGCCUUCCUUGGGAGCCAGUCCUUUACAGAAUCCAAAUCCUAUUGUGCACAAGGUUUCAAAUGGCCAUGCUGUUCAUUUCUCUGAAUCUGCUGCAGAAGAGAAUAAAAACGAUCCGAGAAAACAUUUGCCUAUUCGUUACUUCACGCAUCACAGUGUGAAGUAUUUUUGGAAUGAUUCAGUUCAAAGUUUUGAUGUUGUACGAGGUCUAGAUGAAUCUACCUUCUGCUCUGCAAUUCAUAAUGAACACAGCACAGGACUGACAAAGGGAAUGCAUGAUUACAGAAAAGCAUUCUAUGGAGUAAAUGAAAUUGCUGUGAAAGUGCCUUCCAUUUUUAAGCUUCUGGUUAAGGAGGUUCUCAACCCUUUUUACAUUUUCCAGUUGUUCAGUGUGAUAUUGUGGAUCACUGAUGAGUAUCACUACUAUGCAUUAGCAAUUGUGAUUAUGUCUGUAAUAUCCAUUGUUAGCUCACUCUACACCAUUAGAAAGCAAUAUGUUAUGUUACAUGACAUGGUAGCAGCUCACAGCAUUGUAAGGGUUUCUGUCUGCAGAGGAAAUCAAGAAAUAGAAGAAAUCCUUUCCACUGACCUCGUGCCUGGAGAUACCAUGUUGAUUCCAUCCAAUGGGACAAUUAUGCCGUGUGAUGCAGUACUGCUCAGUGGUACUUGCAUUGUAAAUGAAAGUAUGCUAACAGGUGAAAGUGUUCCUGUCACAAAGAUUAAUCUGCCAAAUCCUUCGGAGUAUCCAAAAGCUGUGGGAGAUGAGAUCUACAGUCCCGAGGUGCACAAGCGGCACACGCUGUUCUGUGGAACCAAUGUCAUUCAGACCCGGUUCUACACUGGAGAGUUGGUCAAAGCUCUGGUAGUGAGAACAGGCUUUAGUACUGCUAAAGGACAGCUUGUUCGUUCCAUACUGUAUCCAAAGCCAACUGAUUUUAAGCUCUACAGAGAUGCCUAUUUGUUUCUCCUGUCUCUGGUGGUGGUGGCAGGCUUUGGGUUUCUAUACACAAUUGUCAAUAGCAUCUUAAAUGAGGUUCCAGCUCCUACCAUCAUCAUCGAGUCUCUUGACAUUAUCACUAUCACGGUGCCUCCGGCACUCCCUGCUGCUAUGACUGCUGGCAUCGUUUAUGCACAAAGGAGGUUGAAAAAAAUUGGCAUCUUCUGCAUCAGCCCACAAAGGAUAAAUAUUUGUGGCCAGCUGAAUCUUGUGUGUUUUGAUAAGACUGGCACACUUACUGAGGAUGGCUUGGAUCUUUGGGGAAUUCAGCGGGUGGAAAAUGCUCGUUUCCUUUUGCCGGAAGAGAGGGCUUGCAGUGAGAGCUUGCUGAAGUCAGAGUUUGUUGCUUGCAUGGCAACUUGUCAUUCCCUUACAAAAAUUGAAGGGGUGCUUUCUGGGGAUCCACUUGAUUUGAAGAUGUUUGAAGCAAUAGGAUGGAUUUUAGAAGAAGCAACUGAAGAGGAAACAGCCCUUCAUAAUCGAAUCAUGCCAACAGUGGUUCGACCUUCAAAACAACUUUCCCCAGAAUCCAAGCAAGCAACAGAUCAAGAAAUGGAAUUGUUUGAGCUGUCGACUGGGUAUGAAAUUGGAAUCGUGCGCCAGUUUCCAUUUUCCUCAGUGUUGCAGCGCAUGUGUGUAAUAGCAAGGGUUCUAGGGGAAAAGAGAAUGGAUGCUUACAUGAAAGGUGCCCCAGAAGUGAUUGCCAGCUUGUGUAAGCAGGAAACAGUUCCUGUUGACUUUGAGCAUGUCCUGGAAGAAUACACUAAGCAGGGUUUCCGAGUUAUUGCUCUUGCUCACAGAAAACUGGAGUCUAAGCUUACGUGGCACAAAGUCCAGACUAUUAGCAGAGAUACUAUUGAAAGCAACAUGGAUUUUAUGGGGUUAAUUAUAAUGCAAAACAAGUUAAAGCAAGAAACCCCUGCUGUACUUGAAGAUUUGCAUAAAGCCAACAUUCGCACUGUCAUGGUUACAGGGGACAACAUGUUAACUGCUAUCUCUGUGGCCAGAGACUGUGGAAUGAUUCUACCUCAGGAUAAGGUCAUUAUUGCUGAAGCACUACCUCCAAAGGAUGGGCAGGCUGCCAGGAUCAACUGGCAUUAUGCAGAUACCCUCGCAAAAUGCACUAGUUCAUCACCAGCCAUAAACUCAGAGGAUAUUCCAGUUAAAUUGGUCCAUGAAAGCCUUGAGGAUCUCCAGAUGACAAAAUACCAUUUUGCAAUGAAUGGGAAGUCAUUUGCAGUGAUUUUGGAGCAUUUUCAGGACCUGGUACCCAAGCUCGUGCUACAUGGCACUGUGUUUGCUCGCAUGGCACCUGAUCAGAAAACUCAGCUGGUGGAAGCUUUACAAAAUGUAGAUUACUAUGUGGGCAUGUGUGGAGAUGGAGCAAAUGACUGUGGGGCACUGAAGAGGGCACAUGGUGGUAUAUCUCUGUCUGAACUUGAGGCUUCUGUGGCAUCACCAUUUACUUCCAGGACACCCAGUAUUUCCUGUGUGCCAAAGCUGAUCAGGGAAGGCCGUGCUGCUUUAGUAACUUCCUUCUGUGUGUUUAAAUUCAUGGCAUUAUACAGCAUCAUCCAGUACAUCACUGUUACUUUGCUGUAUUCUAUCCUGAGCAAUUUGGGAGACUUCCAGUUUCUCUUCAUUGAUUUGGCAAUCAUUUUGGUGGUUGUCUUCACUAUGAGUCUGAACCCUGCUUGGACAGAGCUUGUUGCACGAAGGCCUCCAUCAGGUCUUAUCUCAGGUCCACUUCUGUGUUCCGUGUUGUCCCAGAUCAUCAUCUGCCUUGCUUUCCAAACCUUGGGGUUCUUUUGGGUCAAACAGCAGUCCUGGUACAAGCCUUGGACACCAGACUCUGAUGCAUGUAAUGUGUUGGAUGCCUGGAACACCAGCUCUGCACACCAUGGGAAUGAGACUAUUCAUGAUGAACAUUACAUUAAAAAUUAUGAAAACACAACUUUGUUUUUUAUAUCCAGCUUUCAGUACCUCAUAGUGGCAAUUGUCUUUUCUAAAGGAAAGCCCUUUAGACAACCAUGCUACAAAAAUUUUCUGUUUGUUUUAUCUGUUAUAGUUCUUUAUGUCUUCAUAUUUUUCAUCAUGUUGCAUCCUGUUGAACCUAUCGACGCAUUUCUUGAGCUUGUGUGUGUGCCACAGGAGUGGCGCCUAAGAAUUGUCAUCAUUGUUGUUCUAAAUGCAGUUGUAUCUGUGCUGACAGAGAAUGUCCUCCUUGAUAUGAUCCUUUGGAAGGUUGUGUUCAAUCGAGACAAACAAGGAGACUCUCGCCUCACCAUACCCCAGCCGCCUCAGGAGGCUGGGGACCGCUGUGGAGUCUGUUUCCUUUCUUCCCUGUUUGGUUGUAGAGAGAAGACACCAAAAGCCAAGUAUAUGCACCUAGCUCAGGAACUGCUGGUAGAUCCAGAAUGGCCACCAAAACCCAGGACAACAACAGAAGCAAAAGUACCAUCCCAAGAAAAUGGUUCAUAUCAAAUCAUCUCUGUAACGUAGCAGUGGAUCUUGGUGGCAUGUCUCUUUAGUAGUAUUCAGAAGAAUGUAAUUUUAAGGCUUUAUUUGAAACUGCAGUGUGCUAAAUGUCAAAUUCUAAUGCAGAUAUUUCCAACUGUUUUGUCUCUCUGAAUACAAAAUUCAGAGCCAGGCAUCUUAAUGGCUAUACAUUUUAAAAAUGUAAGUUACCUUAGGCAGAACAAAAAUUGUGUUUCCUUCCACCUUCUUUCAGAUUUCAUUGUUCCUAAAUGAGAUGCAUUUGAAGGUUUAAACUGCAGGGCAGUUAAAAUAGGUUCACAUUAUAUGCCUGGAAUAUCUUAAUAGUUGUUCUAACCUGCUUAUCUGGGCAUGUGUUCAUGUAAACCCUAUGAUGUGAUGGUUUCAUGGCUGUACUAGAGGUGCAUAAUAACCUUGUCAUGGU